AGCGCCCGAGAGACGCGGUCUCAACCUUGCAGCUGCUGCUGCUGGAAGAGAAUCGCCGUUUCAGUUCACCCGGAGUCGUCUGUUGCGUCGGUUGCCCGGGCUCAUUUCCGUUCCCAAAAGCGCGCGGCGUCUGGUGCGUUUGUUUUCGCCUCGUACUCUGUUAGAUGCUGGCUGCAAUCGAAAACAAGCAGGGUGAAGAGUGACGCGUGAGGGCAGCAAUAAAAAGAAACCGCAGCGGCAGCACGAGGAGAAAUUAAGCUCAGGCGGGGGCUACGUAAAAACCGUAACUAAUCAGCGGGCCAUCAAUGGCGGCCACUUUUGGCCAUUUUGUGGCAUAAGCGGAAACGGAAAUAGGCUACUCGACCCGACCCCAAAUAAACAAUCAUCACAUAAAUACGUAAUCAACAAGCGGCCUCCCUGCCCCCGAAAAAAGAGGGGGAAUCCUUGGCUGGUAGCCAGCGCCACCCACCCAGCAAGCAAAGAAUGUAAAGCCACUCCGGCAGCAGGAGCAACACGGACAUCCACGAGAGGAGGUGGCCCCAAAGUGUGAGUGAAGCGAUGUGAAGGCAAAACAUUUUGCAAUAUUAAAGAACAGCGCGAGGUGGACGAGUGAACCUGUUGCCGGCAGGACCACAAAACAGAAGAGCCGCUGAAACAGGGCCAGGCAGCCAGCCAGUUGAAAGGGCAAACCCGCGCUCAUCGCAACAAUGGCCGUGAAUGUACUGGACUACGAUCACUUUGCCAUCAGCGCCAUUGUGGUGGGCAGCCUGCAGCUGUUCUUCUUCCUGGUCAACUCCAUGCUGCACAUGGACAAGCUGACGGACUUUGCCGGCGGCGUCAACUUCAUCAUCAUCUCGUUGCUCACGUUUUUUCUCGGCCAAAUCGAUCGACCCUCGAAGGCCUACGACAGUCGACAGCUGAUGGUCACCCUCUUCGUCUGUUUGUGGGGCGCUCGGCUCUCCGGAUAUUUGCUGUACAGGAUUGUCAAGCUGGGCCGUGACAAGCAGUUCGAGGAUACCCGCCGCAACAUCAUACGCUACGCGGUCUUCUGGACAUUCCAGGCCGUGUGGGUUUACAUUGUGUCACUGCCUGUUAUUAUUAUCAACUCGCCACGCCACUCACAGCCACAUGCUCCCAAGACCAUGACCACGCUAGACUCCACGGGCACCGGCAUGUUUAUAGUGGGUUUGCUGGCGGAGACCUAUGCGGACUUGCAGAAAUUCUCCUUCCGCCAGGAUCCGGCCAAUCAGGGCAAGUUCUGCAACGAUGGCUUGUGGAGCGUGUCGCGGCAUCCCAACUACUUUGGUGAGGUGGUCAUCUGGUGGGGCAUCUUUGCCAUAUCGCUGAACGUAAUCAGCGGUCACGAGUGGGUGGCAAUUGCCUCGCCCAUUUUUACGACGAUGAUUAUCCUCUUCCUGUCCGGGAUUCCGCUAAGGGAACGAAGUGCCGAUGAGAAGUACAAAGAUCAGCUGGAGUACCGGAAGUACAAGGCCUCCACUUCACCACUGAUCCCAGUGCCACCUGCCGUCUACGUGGAGGUGCCCAGUGCCCUAAAGUUCAUCCUGUGCUGCGAGUUCCCCAUCUACGACUCGAUGCGGAUCCAGAAGGACCUCAGUCCCUACUCGCUCUCCAUUGCCCGCUCGCACUCGCACAUCUAGCAGUCAGUGGCCCACUCCAGCAGUGCCCAGGCUGGCGUGGGUCAGGUGCACACCCAUACCCAUUCCCAGGGCCACAGCCAUCCCCAAACCCACUCGGGAGGUCAGUCGUCGACGGGCCACUCGCUCCACAGGGGCCACUGCUAUGGUGCCAAUGGCGGUGAUGCCGAGAGCCACCACAAUUGCGGCGGGAGCUGCCGGAACGUGCACGUCAAAUCCAAUCCGUAUCAAUGCGAGGCGGGCUACGGCCACUACCCGCUGCGCCAUACGGACGACGAUGACACGGACGACGGGAUCAUCUACAUGGCCCGCACCCACUUCUUCCACGGGCAGAAGGAGCAGGAGCAGCAUCUGGCGAAGGCUGUGGCCAAGUGCAGCUACCUGGCGGAGGAGGAGCUGGCCUCCGACUACGACGAGGACGUGCCGGCCAUAGAUCUCAGCAAGGCCACCAGUGCGGAGAGCUUUGGCACCCGGGUGCAGACGGAGCAGGCUGUCAAUGCCGAUGGCCUGCCCGUAACCGUGACCACGAUUUUGUGAUUGAAACUUUAAGAUUGGUUAACGGGUUUUUACUAUAAGGUACGUGCAAAAGGGCAGACCACUGUGAGUUCAUAUUGGUUGGUUUUUGCGUUUUUGAAUCGGGUUAAAAAAUUGACUACAAAUUGGGUUAAAUAUGCUCAUAUCAACGGCCGUAGAUAGCUAUUUCGAUUUUUCAAUAAGCUGAAAUUAAGAUAUUUUAAUCGCAUGGAUUUUCAGUAUUUUAAAAGGCUUAAAUUGCUAGUUUUUGUGAAUUACAAAUUGAAAAAAUUAAUAUUAAGUGGUAUACUACAUUACGUAUACGACAGGGAAGCCAGCAGGGAGUAUAGUUAACAAAUAAUAUAGAAGGCAUCUUCUUCAAAGUUCUUAUUUUCCUCCGUCAUUUCCUACAGUUUUUAGAUCUCUUUAUUGUAAAUAAUAAACUGUGCGGUUAGGCAACACCGCGUAUGAGUGAUAAGCUAUAAUAACUUUCCUUAUUCCUUAAAUAAUAAAUAGUUUUUCAUCUUUAGUGAGCACCAGGGUAAACAAAUCUUCCAACAUAAACUCAAUACGACAGGAAAGCCCACAUGAAUAACAAAUAACUUGUAAACAAAAAAAUGGAAACCGAAAAAUUCACUUUGGCCCACCCUUUUGUACGUACCAAAAAACUCGCUUAUGGCGAUCUGGGGGAUGGGAUUUUUUGCUGACGAAUGCCAAAGUACCGGGCAGUAGUACCAAGGAUCAAGGACUCAUGGAUACUCACAGCUGUAUAACACUCUAGUCUCUAUGCUAUAAUUGCUCAAAUAACUAACGUGCCUCUUAUGUGCUCUGCGCACCCUUAGAUUGUUGCACUCUUUCAAAGUUUACGUAAACUCUAGUCUCUGUUGAACCCCCAACCACGAAUAUAUAUGUAGAUAUAUCCCUGUAUAUCAGCUGCAUAUUUUCUUAUCGAACACACACACACCCACCAAACAAAAGGAAUCGAACCUGAAGCCAUUUGAACCGAAACAUAUCCCAAAGGCAACAGCAACGGCAACCCAACCAACGGUCGAUUUACAUAUACAAAUCGUAUUCGAAGUACAAGAAUUGUUAGAUCGAAUUGCUUAGAGGGCAAUAGAGAAGGCGUUCGAUAGCCAUUGUUAUUUUAUAUACAGGAUUACCUACUCGUACUCGUAGUGGCUAAAUGGAAAAAACCCAAUAUGUAUGUUACCAAAAAUGUUCUCGAUAUGCGUACGUGUCUGUGUCUAGUUUGUGUCUCAAAUGUUAAGCAGUAUUACCUAACGAACGAAUUGUACCUAAUUGAUUAUGCUGAGUAUGUAAACUAAUAAACGAAACGAAAGAAGGUCA